CAACCAGCAAGGCGUAAGGAGCAAAAAUCCUUAGGAAAGGAAAGCCGGUGGUAAAAUGAUACUUUCACGUGGAAAAACCGACUCGGCGAGCUCAAGAACCGCGGCCAGCGGUGGUACUGGCAGUGGACUGGGCAUUGGACGGCAGGCAAGGAAGGCUCCAGCACCGACCUCCCUAGAGGAUUUCAUCAUCAAGCGGGACUACACGGGUGCCAGGGCUUUUCUAGAGUACACCAAUGACGACGAGGAUGAGGAGGAAACUGCUCGCGGAGUCAAGCAGCGUCAGGUGGACCAAUGGAUUGCUUUCUGCAAUUUCCACCUGGGUGAUUAUCAACAGGCACUCGGCCAAUACAAGACCUUGCAGCAGAGUUCCACGGGCGCUGAUGGCAAAUUGGAUCUCAACCUGGCCGUUUGCAUGUUCUACCUGGGCUUAUACGAGGAGGCCCAACUGCUGAUGGCCAAUGCAGCAGAUAAUCCGCUGAAGCAGCGUCUGAUGUUCCAUUUGGCCCAUAAAUUGGGUAACGACGAGGACUGGGGCCAGCUGCAAGAGGAGCUCCAAAACUCCUCCAGCUUGGAGCAACAGCUCAGCCUGGCCUCAAUGCACUAUAUGCGUGCCCAUUAUCAGGAGGCCAUUGAUGUCUACAAGCGGGUCCUGGUGGAUAAUAAGGACUACCAGGCCAUCAAUGUCUACUUGGCAUUGUGUUUUUACAAACUGGAUUACUAUGACAUGUCCCAGGAGGUGUUGGACGUGUAUCUCGGUCAACAUGGCGACAGCACCAUUGCCCUAAACCUCAAGGCCUGCAAUAGGUUUCGUUUGUUCAACGGUCGAGUUGCCGAGCAGGAGAUCAAGAACAUAGCCGAUAAUGGGACAUUUGGAGCAGAUCUUUUGCGUCACAAUCUGGUGGUGUUUCGGAACGGCGAGGGUGCCCUUCGCGUCCUGCCAGGAUUAUUGAAUAUUAUACCCGAGGCCCGCCUGAACCUGGCCAUAUACUACCUAAAGCAGGGUGAUGUCCAGGAGGCACAUGCUCUCAUGAAAGAACUGCAGCCCACAUCGCCGCACGAGUACAUCCUAAAGGGUGUGGUGCAUGCUGCUCUUGGACAACAAUUGGGAUCGAAAGAGCACAUCAAGACAGCUCAGCAGAAUCUCCACUUGGUGGGCAGCUCGGCCACAGAAUGUGACACCAUUCCGGGUCGCCAGAGCAUGGCCUCGGCCUUCUUCCUCUACGAACAGUUCGAGGAGGUUCUGGUCUACAUGAACUCCAUACGCAGUUACUUUGUAAACGACGAUGUGUUUAAUUAUAACUUUGCCCAGGCCAAGUGCGCCACAGGAUAUUACAAGGAGGCUGAGGAGUUGCUUAUGCAGAUCACCGACAUGGAUAUAAAGAAUCAGCAUGCCUACUGCAUGAUCCUGGCCAAGUGCCACAUACACUGCGGUCAUCCGGAGUUGGCCUGGAAUGUGUUCAUCACCAGGGACACAAACGCAGAGGCAUUCAUCCUGCUGCAGCUGAUUGCCAAUGAGUGCUACAGGUGCACAGAGUUCUGGGUGGCAGCCAAGGCGUUUGAUAUGCUGGAAAAACUCGAUCCCAGUCCGGAGAAUUGGGAGGGCAAAAGAGGUGCCUGUGCCGGAGUUCUUUUUGCGUUGUCCACCAAGGCUCAACGAGGUCGUCCCGGCGGCGGCAUCUCUGAGGUUAUAGGGCUCCUGCGAGACUCAUCCAACUCACAAGCAGAGACCAUGAUCAAGACUAUCAGAAAGCACAUAAAUAGCUUUAAAUAA